AUGGUGAACCUGGACAUUGUACAAGCGACAGGUCUUCUGGCCAGUUCUUUAUUUCGAUUCCGGGAAACAGUAUGCGACGGUAAAAUGCUUCACAUUAAUUGUCCAGAGGGUUCUGUCAUCAGCAUCCAGUUUUCUCAAUAUGGACAUAGUUCUUCGGAUUAUCAAACCUGUACAUCAAUAACAACUUAUUUUGGGGAGCAACUUCAGAUGGCACGAGAUACAGACUGUUUUGUAUCAAAUGCACUUGAGGUUUUACUCAGGAUUUGUCAAGAUAAACGUCGGUGUCAGUUGGAAGCAAGCAUUGAAACAUUCACCAAAAAUGCUGACCCUUGCCCUAAUAAGAGCAAAUACCUGGAAGUAGCCUACCAGUGUCGACCAACGGAAUUUCACAAGAAACUUGCUUGUGAAAAUGAGAAUCUGAGUCUUAAAUGUCGACGAUCAAACCGAAUAGUUGUCUAUUCUGCAAUGUUGAGGCAUUUCCCUUGGAAUAAAACUAUGUGCCCCAAGAUUAAACCAGAUACACUUUUCAAUUGCAAAACUCCCCAGGUUGCUGAACAGGCCGUGAAGGGAUGUCAGGGACGUAAACACUGUAUUGCUAAUGUUGCAAGCAGUUUAUUUGGGGAGCUCUGCCCACAGAAUUCCCAAAAGUACUUGGAAGUAGUCUACACAUGUGUACCAAAACGAAUUCUUAGGACUAAUGCACAGGACCACAAAUUGAAGAAGGUCACCCCACAUCCACACCCAAAGAAAUCAAAAGGAAGAUCACAGCAAGAGAUCAAAGAACCUGUAAUCACAGGUCAGUCAUGGGAACCUGAUGUCAGAGCAAACAUUCCAAAACUUCGACCAGGUGGAACCAUUAGAGAGGUCAGGGGAGGUAACUCUGGGUCAGACUCUAAUUCUGUCUCCACUGAACCGAAUUCUGAGUGGACCUUACACUGUAUCAACACAACGUCAAGAGGGAAAAAGAGCAAAGAAAAGGCUAUGAAUGUUGUUGCUGAUUGGCUGGGAUUGUUUUAUCUUUUAAGAAAAAACCGAGAAAAAGCAACCCUGUACUUCAUCCUUGGUGUGUGUGUUGGUACCAUAUGUUUGCUGCUAGCAAUCAUUGUGAGGCUAAUUGUGGUCAGCAAGAGAAAAACACAGGCCAAGCUGGACUUGACUGAACCGACCCACAGCCAACAUGUGACCCCAGUGCGAAACAACCAUAUUGGAAACUCCACCCCAUCACCACUGCGCAGAGCGACUUCUGAUGAAUUUAUAGACUUUGUGGGUUUUGGGCCUCGUACUGCAACGUUACGCACAGAUCCUGGAAACAGAAGUCUAAACUAUUUCUGA